ACGGCGCCUGCGCGGUGGGCGUGAUCCGGGCACUUAGGGCAGGAUGAACGCUGCUUUCCAAGAUGGCGACGGAGGGAGGAGGGAAGGAGAUGAACGAGAUUAAGACCCAAUUCACCACCCGGGAAGGUCUGUACAAGCUGCUGCCGCACUCGGAGUACAGCCGGCCCAACCGGGUGCCCUUCAACUCGCAGGGAUCCAACCCUGUCCGCGUCUCCUUCGUAAACCUCAACGACCAGUCUGGCAACGGCGACCGCCUCUGCUUCAAUGUGGGCCGGGAGCUCUACUUCUAUAUCUACAAGGGGGUCCGCAAGGCUGCGGACUUGAGUAAACCAAUAGAUAAAAGGAUAUACAAAGGAACACAGCCUACCUGUCAUGACUUCAACCACCUGACAGCCACAGCAGAGAGCGUCUCUCUCCUAGUGGGCUUUUCCGCAGGCCAAGUCCAGCUCAUAGACCCCAUCAAAAAAGAAACUAGCAAGCUGUUCAAUGAGGAAAGACUAAUAGACAAGUCACGCGUAACCUGUGUCAGAUGGGUUCCUGGUUCGGAAAGCCUUUUCCUAGUAGCCCAUUCAAGUGGGAACAUGUACUUAUAUAAUGUGGAGCACACUUGUGGCACCACAGCCCCCCACUACCAGCUUCUGAAGCAGGGAGAGAGCUUUGCCGUGCACACUUGCAAGAGCAAAUCCACAAGGAACCCUCUCCUUAAGUGGACGGUGGGCGAGGGGGCCCUCAACGAGUUUGCUUUCUCCCCAGAUGGCAAGUUCUUAGCGUGUGUGAGCCAGGACGGGUUUCUGCGUGUGCUCAACUUUGACUCUGUGGAGCUGCACGGCACGAUGAAAAGCUACUUUGGGGGCUUGCUUUGUGUGUGCUGGAGCCCAGAUGGCAAGUACAUUGUAACAGGUGGAGAGGACGACUUGGUGACAGUCUGGUCCUUUCUAGACUGCCGAGUAAUAGCUAGAGGCCAUGGGCACAAAUCCUGGGUCAGUGUUGUAGCAUUUGAUCCCUAUACUACUAGCGUAGAAGAAAGUGACCCUAUGGAGUUUAGUGGCAGUGACGAGGACUUCCAGGACCUUCUUCAUUUUGGCAGAGACCGAGCGAACAGUACACAGUCUAGGCUGUCCAAACGGAACUCUACAGACGGCCGUCCUGUAAGUGUUACCUAUCGGUUUGGUUCAGUGGGUCAGGAUACACAGCUGUGUUUAUGGGACCUGACAGAAGACAUCCUUUUCCCUCACCAACCCCUCUCAAGAGCAAGGACACAUACAAAUGUCAUGAAUGCCACAAGUCCGCCUGCCGGAAGCAAUGGGAACAGUGUCACUACGCCUGGGAACUCUGUGCCCCCUCCAUUGCCACGGUCCAAUAGCCUUCCACAUUCAGCAGUUUCCAAUGCUGGUAGCAAAAGCAGCGUCAUGGACGGGGCCAUUGCCUCUGGGGUCAGCAAGUUUGCAACUCUGUCUCUGCAUGACCGGAAGGAGAGACACCAUGAGAAAGACCAUAAACGAAAUCAUAGUAUGGGACACAUUUCCAGCAAGAGCAGUGACAAACUGAAUCUAGUUACUAAAGCCAAAACGGACCCAGCUAAAACUCUGGGAACAUCGCUGUGUCCUCGGAUGGAAGAUGUUCCCUUGUUAGAGCCACUGGUCUGUAAAAAGAUAGCUCAUGAAAGACUGACUGUAUUGGUAUUUCUUGAAGACUGUAUAGUCACUGCUUGUCAGGAGGGAUUUAUUUGCACAUGGGCAAGGCCUGGUAAAGUGGGCUUGUUGUCAUCCCCAAACCAGGCCAGUUCUCCAGGUGGGACUGUAGUGUAGCAGCUGCAUGCUGCUCCCAGGCUCCCCGGGACACGCGUGGACUGAGGGAGUGACAGACGACAACGGAGCCAUGAGCUGCGCUGGAGCCACAGGCAGGCGGCAGUCUGCAGGCUGUGUGGAGCUGCUGACCCAGAGUUGCCUCCAUUUUAAGUCAGUCUGUUGGGGCUGCAGUAAAAAAUGAGAAAUGGAAUUUUCUUGCUUUUUACUCUAAAAUUCAGUGUAACUAAGUCCCAUAUAUAAUAUAUACCUAUAUACAGAGUGUAAAGUCAAAUGUUUCUUGGACAAGAAACCUUAAACUCAACUGUUAUAAAUAGCACUUGGCUCUGGUUUUGCACUGAUCUAUUUUAUACCUUAGGUGGUCAUUAGACAGCCUGGGAUGCACUCAUGAAGACAGUUGUUACCUUCUGACUUCAAUACAUAAUUCAGAAAGACAGAUGCUGCAAUCAUAGAUUCUAAAAAACUGUUUGCACUUAAAAUAGUUUAAUGCUAAUAGAAAAUGACUUUGAAUAUGGGGUAGUGGACUCCCAGCCUUCACAAUGUGGAGUGAAGAGACCCUUUUUAUCUGUUAACAUUUAUUUUAAUACUGUUGUUUCCAAUGCAAUCAAGCCUGUAUUAUAUGUGUAAAUAAUGUAAUUCUGAAGUUGGGAAAUAGUUACUUCACUAGUAAUUUUCAUCAUUUAAGAGUGAUAUUUCUAAUUCACAAAAACAUUAAUAUUAAAAUUAUCUUGAAUAUA